CCCGGAGCAUCCCUGGACCCGCAAUGCCGCUUGAUCAGCUUCGCGGGGAAGGCGCUCCUGGCGCCUCGGCUGGGAUGCUCCGAGAAAUCCUGGACCCUGUAUUGGGCGAAAUACGCGUGGGCUCACGCGGCAAGUAGCAGAUUUUGUUUAGUAUGGCCGUGGUGCACAGAAUUGUUGCUAUUGGAAUGAGUUGUUACGUGCUUACUUUUUUUGGCGGUUGGAACAGAUGGUCUGGUUUAGAGUUAUGCUGCCAAGAAUACAACUGCUACUGGAACGAGUCAUUCUGUCAAUUUUGUCAAAUGUUGAUUGUUUUCGUAAAAGAUUUGGUUCAGUGUCUCAGGAGAGCACCUUUUUAUCUAAUUCUUUUCCUGGUUGGUCUUAUGCUGGCAAAAGUUGCUAGGCACCGCCACAUUGGAAAAUCAUAUUUGUUAAGUGAAAGAAAUUGAAGUAUCCAGGCCUUGAUCCUCAUUGCCUAGCUUUUCUAGAGGGUUAACAGACCGAAGACCCAAUCCACACCUUUGUUUAUCGGCAAGGUUGGACUUAGCAGCAAUGAUUGGUUCUUUGAAUGGUUAUGGACAAUGAAGAACUAGGAGAAUUGCUUUUAGAAAACACAAAGAAAAAGGGACAGGCACAAAAAUCUGCUGGCCUAGCAGUACCCUUGGUAUUGUUUUUCUAAACCAACUUAUGUGCAGUAUUACUUGUUUUCUCCUGAAGGAUUUAUAAUUAUGCUAACUUAACAUCCAUAGUGUUACUGACUUUCAGUUUAAUAUCAUCACAUUCUACUCUGUCUCAGGAUUCUGUUUUUGUCUGCCACAAUUAUCAUUUCAACUUGAUGACAAGCAUCGUCGAGACAAACCCUUAACAAUUAUUUGUUUCCAUUGUGCCAUUUGGUAGAAAUGUAUAAGGUAGUUACAGCCUGAUAAUAGAAAAGCUGUACGAUGCAGGAGCGAAGACGGCCAUCCCUGGCACAUUAUCAUUUCCUAUUUUACAAAAAUAAUGCAGUUUGCAUUUAUUUUUUCUUCACUGUUAUGCAUGCUAUUUCAAUUAGCCAAUAUGUCAUUAUGUGAGUUCAUCUCUGCAUCUGCCCAUAAUUAUUUUCCUUUUUAUUGUUUUUGCAGGCUUUGUACGCCUCAGAUGGCUGGUAAUCUAUUCGAUUUUUCUUCAGAUCCAGUGCUUAGAGAUGCUGCAAUGCUUAAUCAGUUAUCUGCUUCUAGCUCAAGCACUCCUGCUGCAACGUUUCCUCCACAACAGGAAAAUUUUAAUGGUGUGGUCAAUUUUCCUACCAUGCGUGUCGGAACGCUUAAUCGAACAUCUGCUUUUAACAUGGGAGCUCGCGCUUCAGAAUUUGUUCCAUGGGGGACUGAUUCUACUCUUGCACUGGCAUUUGCAAAACUAUCUCUGGGCCAACUGGGAUCUGAGCAACUAGCCCCCAUGGAGUUCAUGCAGAAUCCUGUACAGAACAACUAUGGUAUACCUGCAGUUGGAGUACCAUCUCUGCGCCAACCUGGAUUAGCGCCACAUAGGCUGUUGCAGAACGGAGAAGUGCUGCCCACAGUAGAUAUCGAAGGAAAGAAACCUGCAUCAGUACUCCAGCAAACACUGCGGGUCCAUGUCGCUUGUUUGAUUUCAGACGAUGGCACCACAGGUGCUGCAGGGUUAUUGAUUAAGAAGGGCACAUCGAAAUUCGUCUGUGCAUCAUAUUUCCUUGUGGGGGGCAGCAUGGAGCCAGCUCUUUUCGCCACUGCGUGUUGUGAAGGGAUCAAAAUUGCCCAGGCCUAUCAACCAGCUCUUAUUGUGCUGGAGUCCCAUCUAUUCUAUCUGCUUGACGUGCUACACGCUAAUGCUCCAUGCUCAGAGAUGGAAGAAUUGACAGAAUUACUGGAUCCCUCACGUUGCACAAUGGAGGCCAUUACUGAAGGAUGCAAUGGUGCUGCUCGUCGGUUGGCCACGCAUUGUUUACAGACAGGGGCGACUGAGAUAUUCUUCUAUGCUCCUCCUGAUUGGCUUGUCCUUACUUAGCUGGUUGCUGAGAUCAGUCAUGUUAGUUACUCUGGCAUAGAAUGAGUCGCAGGCUAGUCAGUACGAAGUAAGCAUUCUACAUGUAAAUGGAGGUUUCACAGUAGAGUUUGGGUACAGAGAACUGUGAGCUUUCAUCAAGUGUACAUAAGGUGAAGUAGCAUUCUUUCAGUAUCCCUCAUGCUACUUUUGCUAUGACUCGCAUACCUACUAUUCUCAAUGAAUUGUGUACCUAGUCCUCAGUCUGUGAUGUAAACUUGUCUAAAACCAGACACUGAUUCAUAUAUGAAUAUAAAGGAUUUUAGAUUUUUAGUUUCA